UUCAUUCAAAAUGGCGUCUGAGUUUGAGCGUGAGGUGGAAGUAGAUCUUUGUGCUGAUGAUCAGAUGGCUUUGUUUUACAGCGAAACUUUCAGCUGUCGGGAUAUAAAACGUUUCUGCAUGUGUGUGUAGAGGUUAAUAAGAUGGUCGUCAGGUGUGGAGACGGUUUAAUAAAGCGGUUUAAUCCCCUCAGGUUCGGACCCUGAGGACCCAGAAGAUCCAGAAGACCUGGAGGAUCCAGAAGAUCUGGAGGACCUGGACCCAGAAGACGCUGAGGACCUGUCUGUGGAUGUCACCCAAGCUGAAGGCUAUAAAACACACCCACCUCUGGCUCAGACCCACAGGAACAGGGGGUUUCAUUCAGGUCCAAAUGACACCAGGCACUCAGCAGGAAACCGGGUCACUUCUGAGGAACCUCGGAUCAACGGGGUUCCAGAACCGCAUGGCGUGAUGGAGCUGAGUCUGGAACCAAAGGAUGGAGAAUUCAAACCAGACACAUCUGGACACUUCAGGACACCAGAUAGAGAAACAGGACAUUUUGGACAAAUCAAUCCCAACGUAAAGCAAAACAAGAUUCUUGAUUCUUCUGGUGUUCACGUGACAACAUCUGGGUUUAUAAACUCGGAAAAUGGACAGGAGAUGGAACUUUGGGGAUUCCGCACCAGUCCAGGUAAAACUGAAGGACCAGAAUAUUUUGGGGGAACCAAAGGCAGUGUGAUCACAUCUGGAGGAACAUCAGGUUCUAGAGGAACCCACUCCAGCUGCUUCAUAUCAAGCGAUGAUCCUCAGAAUGCGUCUGGACACACAAACACGUUAGCUGGAAGAGUUGCAGAUGUCCAUGCCAACACAGCUGUGUUUGUAGAUUCCAGUGACAGUCAGACCACAUCUGCAGGAACAUCUGGCGAUAAAGGAAGCAACGUAAACUGGGCUAUAACUGGCGACGCAGCUAGCGUCAGUGAAAUUAAUGGCAAUCUAACUGCAGCUACAGCCGGAAACACGUCGGAUGGAGAAGAUGCAGAUCUUUGGGAUUUUCAUGGUGGUCCAUUUGGGACCAAAGUAACUGUUGCUAUUGGAGAAACCAGUGGAAAUCAGACAACAUCUUGGGAAAUAACAGGGACUCGGUGGGCAGAGGAAAACUUACACACCUUUGAAACCAACAUUAGUCCAAAGCUAGCUGAUGAAACGGUGGAUAUCAAAGAACCCACUGCUAAUUUAGCCACAUCUGGAGAUGCAUCAGCUCAAAGCAGAAGCAAUAACAGCACAAUUGUUAGAAAAGAAAUGCCAGGAACCUGUGAAACAAACAUCAGACCAUGUGAAGUUGAUGAGAUGGUGGACGUUAGAGAAACUAGUGUGAGUUUGUCCACAUCUGGAGAAACAGCAGGUUCUAGGAGAACCAGUGCCAACCCAGAUGAACUUGGUGGUGGUCUUACCACACAUGGAAUUGUAAGUACGUUAGAUUUCACAACAGCUGCUACUGUAACUGGAGAUCCCACAAGUAUGAAGAAAACCGGUGUGAGCCAAGUGGUAGAUGGACCCAUGGACCCUCUGCCGCUUGCGGACGGUGUGUUACCUCAGGGUCAGGUUGCUGGGAAUCUCCCACCAGAAAAUGAUGGACCCAAAGAAAAUUCUGAGUGUCUGGUACGUCCACGGGUGUGUGUCGGGAAGGGGCGGGGUUCCUGCUGUACAGAGCUGGAGAUGAGAAUACCAAACGGAGAUGUGGACUCUAGAGAAUUACAGAUAAGACACAAACUUCACUGUGAAGGACCUUUUACAAACGAGGCUCUGGAGAAAGGCAUCCGGGUGGGAACUUGUGGAUACUUGGUUAUAAACCAAAGGAGCAUUUCAGGAACCUCCUGCAUCCCCGUUUAUUCCAUCAGGGAACCUUGGAAGGCCGCAGAACGUCCACAUGAUGUGAGAAGCUCCUCAGAUGCACCAGAGACCAUCUCAGAACCUUCUGUAGUUAAUGAUAACGAAGAGGUGAGCAAGCAGGAGACGGAAACAGGACCAGAGAGCGACGUAGACUUUAGAGAUGUUGCCGCCGUGGCGAGACCGCAGACUCUGAGGACUAAUCUCAACCAGGCGAUGUCGCUCAGCUGUGACUCCACCCCCCUGGAUCAGGAUAACGCUGGAUAUUUUGUAGACGAUGGAGACAUGGAUGUUAUUCUGAACAGUUUGGAGCUCGGUCGUCGUCAGAGCGCUCCUGAUAAACUUCAGCAGAGCGAACACUUCGAUCCCGAACCUUCAGCCGAGAAGAUGCUGAGCAGGAGGCACGGCCUCUCAGACCUCCUCACCAGAAGUCUGUUUUCCUGGAAGCCCAAAGAGUCGAAGGCCACAGCAGCUGCUUCAGGGUGGAGAAUAUUUGGGAAGAUUUCUCCAAAAGGGAACAACACCGGAGACUCGGGAACGCCACAGAAGCCUGAGCCAGUGAGACGUAAGGACCUGGAGUUUGAGCCUCUCUCCACCACAGGCCUCAUUCUGGAGGACAGACCUGCGAACCUGCCGGCUAAGUCAGAGGAGGAAGCUCAGAGACACAGACAGCAGUACAGUGAGAUGAUGGCAGGAGCCAAGAGGAGAGAGCUGAAAGAAGCUCAGAGGAAAAAGAAGCAGAUGAAGGAGAGACACCGGCAGGAGGAGAGCAUCGCCCGAGCUGUGGUGGUGUGGAACACUGAGAUCCUGCCCAACUGGGAGAACAUGAGGAACACGCGGCGUGUGCGGGAGUUGUGGUGGCAGGGCCUCCCACCCAGUAUCCGCGGCAAAAUCUGGAGCCUCGCCAUCGGAAACGAGCUCAACAUCACCCCCGAACUGUAUGAAAUCUUUCUGUCCCGAGCGAAAGAGAAGUGGCGCAGUUUCUCAGAGACAGGAUCACUGAGUGAGAGUGAAGACUGUGGUGUAGAUAAGGAGUCGAGUCUGGACCUGAUUAAACUGGACAUUUUCAGGACUUUCCCCUCGCUCUUUAUAUUCCAGAAGGGUGGGCCGUAUCAUGAUGUUUUACAUAAUGUCCUGGGUGCAUACACGUGUUACAGACCUGAUGUAGGAUAUGUACAGGGAAUGUCCUUCAUAGCUGCUGUUCUCAUUCUGAACCUCGAGGAAGCCAACGCCUUUAUUGCCUUUGCAAACCUCCUCAACAAACCAUGUCAAAUGGCCUUCUUUAGGGUGGACCAUGACCUGAUGCUGAAGUAUUUUGCUGCGUUUGAGGUUUUCUUUGAGGAGAAUCUCCCUAAAUUAUUCCAGCACUUUCAGAGCAACAGUCUGACUCCAGAUUUUUACCUCAUAGACUGGAUCUUUACUUUGUACAGUAAGCCUUUGCCACUGGACGUGGCGUGUCGUGUGUGGGAUUUGUUUUGCCGUGAUGGGGAGGAAGCUCUGUUCCGCACAGCGUUGGGAAUCCUGCGCCUUUAUCAGGACGUCCUGCUGCAGAUGGACUUCAUCCACAGUGCCCAGUUCCUGUCCCGCCUCCUGCAGAACACCCCAGCGCACACACUCUUCACCUGCAUCGCUAACACACACAUGAUCAGCAACAACCGGCGCUGGAACCAGGUUUUUUCAGCUCUGAUGAAAGAUGGACAUAAAGAAGCUGAUAAAACAGGAAGUCCUGCGUUAAGAAGCUAACAGCUGACACCUUAUGAAGUACCAGAGUUUGGGAAUAUUUAAACAGACUGUCGUGUCCAGUAUUAACGAGACGGACUGAAGAGCUUCAGCAACUCGUGGAAGAUGUUGGGAAGAAAUUCAGAGGCAGAAGACAUUUCAUUGUGUGUGUGUGUGUGUGUGUGUGUGUGUGUGUGUGUGUGUGAGUGAGAGAGAGAGAGGUAUUACUGUAAAGUUAUCUAUGCCAAGUGCCACAUGUUUGUGACUUUAAAGCAAAUAACACACACACACGCACACACACUUUAAAGAUUAGGUAUAAGACUGAUUGUCACGUCUGAGUGACAGCGUCUCUGAGUCUUGGGGGCGGAGCUUGUUGUAUAUAUGAUUAUAUGACAUCAUCUUUACGUGUGUUACAUUUUAAAGACAAGAUACUGGUGUAAGUCUAAAAGCUAAGCAGACUUGCGUACAGCUAGCCUAGCUAACAUUACCUGUCUGAGGUUCAGCAGCUAGUAAGUUUGUGAGCAAGCUAACAAGUUAACAUGAGUAACUAAGUAACUGGUGUUGUGAUACAAUAAGAUCAGGUUACCUUAAGCUCCGCCCUCCACGAAUCAGGAACUCUGUUUAAACAGCAGCAUAAGAACGAGCUUGUGAAAACUUAACGCUAAUUACUUGAAGACAAGAAACACAAACGACACUUUAUUUCUGUACGAUCUUGUACAUAGUACUGUGUUGACAAACAGCGCGGCUUUUUUUUUUUUUUUUUUUUGCUAGCUAUUAAUAUUAAACUAAUUCGAACUAAUAACAACGUUAAACUUCAGCAACGACCAAAUGUGUGAAAAUGUGUUUAGAACUAAUGUUUUUAUUUUGUCCAGCGGUGAUGGAUCGAGAUGUAACCAUAUAACAGCUAACAUCGAAUCAGCUACUUGUUUUUACACACACACACACACACACAUACACACACACACACACACACACACACACAAGCUUGCUCCUAAUGCAGUAGCGUUAAUCGUGGCCUUUAGACUCAGAGCUGAUCUGUGAGGCCAAUACACACAAGUGCAAUUUGUAAGCUCACACACAUACACACACACCAGCUGUGUGAUAUACACUAGUGCCAAACCUUAUAUUACUAACACACACACACACACACACUCCUUUUGAAGCUCUUAUGUGUUUUUUAUAACUUUUUUAAGUCCAGAGAGAACAUGUUUGAAAUGAUUUCUGUUCCUUUAACUCAUAAAACUGUAACGGUUCUUCAGUCGUCCUUCUGGAGAACCUUAAAUAUUUUUAGGCAGGUCCUGGAUGGUUGGUUUAGGGAUGGAAUGUUCCACACUUCUGUAAGUUUACUCUCUUUCUUUGUAGAACUUUAUAUCAUCAUCAUCUCCGGUUAUCCACAGAACCCUUAAAAUCAAUGAAGAACCUUUAAAGUUCACCUUUAAACAUCUAGAACCUGAACUUCUUGGUACUUGGUGCACUCUUAGAAUGAGGGUUAAUAAGUAAGGGUUCUUGGCUUGCAGAGAUUGGAUCUUCUGUGAUGGGAAAAACAGGAUGUUCUAUAUUAAAAUGUUCAUCAAGGGUUCCCAGGCUUCUGAAAAUGGUUCUGCUUAAAACUUCUGAUAAUCACUGUGCUGUAGGGAUUCAUGGAGGUUCUGAGUAGAUCCAUUUAGAUCUCUAACAACGUCUUUAUUUCUGAGGUCUUAGUUCUCUGAGAGUUCUACAUGGAUGAUAAUGGAUUAGUUGUAGGGUUCUUUGAUCGUUUUGUUGGAUAAUUAGGAGUUCUUGACUUCCUGGAAUGGUUCUAUUUUCUGAUCCCUUCUCAGUUGGAGGAUUCUGUCAGGGUUCUUAACUUCACAUAGGAUCUGUGCUGUUGGAUCGUUAAAUGGUUCUACCUGCAAGUCUUUCUGAUAAACACUAAGCUGUUGAGGUCUUUCUGAUACGGUUCCCUGCAGAACGUUCCAGCUAACGGUUCUACUUUCUAAUAAACACUCGUUUUUCUGCAUUAUUGAAGGGAUCUUUAUCAUGAACAUUUUCCUGGCUUCCUGAAAGGGUUCUACUAGAGAACUGAGUGUAACAGAGAAACUGGUGCAGGGUUCCAUAUUAUUUUACUAUAGGAUCCUAAAUAGUCUUUAAAAUAUACAGUAAAGAAUAAAUAAACUCAAACCUAUCGAAGCCCCGCCCUCUUGUCAGAAAAGAAAACUUUUUGUUUGAACGAAUCGUAGCGUUUUCCUCGACCAGGUGAGGUUUUUUUUUACUCACCGCUAAAUGCUUUUUUUGGUUCUUUCAUCUUUAGUGUAAGACACACGAGCACAGAGAGCCAAUCAGAAUACAGCCUGGAAGAUCCUGAAUCUCGUGUCCAGAAAAGCGUACAAAAACUCAUCAGAUGUGCCGUGUCCAGUGGGCGGAGCCUCAGACACAGAGACUUUAAAAUUAGCUAUGCUCGCUAGCGUAGUUAACGUUUUUACUAGCUAGCUAAUUAGCUGUAUGUUGUACUUUAUUACAGGUUAACUUUCUGAUCCUGCAUUUGUGACAUUCAUGAUUAAAACGUUCAUUGUGUUGAUCUGAGACGUAGUGAUGACAUCAUCAUGAGGGUGAGAUCAGCCAAUCACAGACUGAUGUGAGAAUAUAAUAAUAAUAAUAAUAAUAAUAAUGUGAGGUGGGGGGCACGGUGGCUUAGUGGUUAGCACGUUCACCUCACACCUCCAGGGUCGGGGUUCGAUUCCCGCCUCCACCUUGUAUGUGUGGAGUUUGCAUGUUCUCCCCGUGCCUCGGGGGUUUCCUCCGGGUACUCCGGUUUCCUACCCCGGUCCAAAGACAUGCAUGGUAGGUUGAUUGGCAUCUCUGGAAAAUUGUCCCUAGUGUGUGAUUGCGUGAGUGAAUGAGUGUGUGUGUGUGUGUGUGUGCCCUGUGAUGGGUUGGCACUCCAUCCAGGGUGUAUCCUGCCUUGAUGCCCGAUGACGCUUGAGAUAGGCACAGGCUCCCCGUGACCCGAGGUAGUUCGGAUAAGCGGUAGAAGAUGAGUGAAUGAAUGAAUAAUGUGAGGUCUCUCUGGACUUUCACCCCCUUCACCCCCAUCAUGAUCCUUCUAGGAGGAAGAAUCCAGAAGCUGCUGACUGCUUUUUAAACACACUUCCUGUUUGUUGUGUUUCUAAACUUUUAACGCAUCUUUGACGGUCUUAGAUGUUUUAGAUGUUUUAUAUGAGAUCGUUUUGACCAGAAGACUUUGAUCCAUGACCUUUUGGAGUCCCCUAACACGCUAACCGCUUUAACACGUCAUCACCUGAAUGAUGAUCACUGAUGUAACUAUAACUUGCUUUUUAUUUCCUUUUUAAACAGGAACUCUUUAUUGUACAGGUUUUUUUUACAUACUGUCAGUGUUGUAAAAACAAAUCGUGAACUGAUUUCUUUAGAUUAGAAAUGUAAAUAUAAAUGAAUAACAUUCUCAGCUUUGGGUCUGUGGGGUUUCUUUGACUAUUUUUUAAUUUACAGAUUCAGGAACAUCAAGUUGAAAAAAACAUGAAUUUGAAGUUCUGUCGUUAUUUUGAGUUGUUAAUAAAACAUUAUAAGGACAUAAAAUUAA